GGAGAGAGAGUCACAUUCUUCAUCUCAACUUUGCCCGGCACAGUCGUCCACACACUGCUGCAUGUCACUCUCUCUUCUUUCUGUCUUUGCUUUUCUCCUUAUUUUGCUUGUCUGUCAUUCUUCUUGUUCAAAUGCAUUAUUUUAGUUUUUCUUACUUCUACCAGAAUUGUUAGUUCUUUAGGUUGUUUUUUUUCCUUAUUAUCUGUCCAUCUUUACCCAAUAUUGUCAUUAUCCUCUCAUUCUAAAUCUGAUAGUCUGGCUUCAUUUACUGUACAUAUUUUAUUUGCAUAACCUGGUGCAAUUUGAUGGUAUCAGAUGGAGUCAAGGCAUCAUGGACCUCAACCUCAACCAAGACCCACAAGCCCAGCCUUGCCUUUCAUAGGUUGGCCCCACACAAAUGGAUGUGUGACACAUGGAGGCCCAGGUCGGAUGUUGCUGCGUGAGAUGCUUUGGCAGCUGGAGCAAAGAGCACUUCAGGUUCAAGAAGAGGAGUUCCAGUACUGCAUCUCUCGUGGAAUUCUGGGAUACCGUCACCCCCCAGCAUACCCAAGCCUGCUUGCCCUUAUACCUGCUUCUGAACACCGCCAGCUAGAGCGCCUCUGUGGUCGCAUCCCACCCUCACACACUGCCAUUGUACUUUCCAGGCUCCAUGAUCUUUUGGCCCACAAUGACAUCCCUCCCUGGGAACUGGUGGGUGUCUUCAAGCAAGUUCUCAGGGACUUCCUGAGGAGACAGGAAGACGGCAUGCAGAGACGUCCAGUCCCUUCAGCUCCACCAAACAUUCUUUCUGCUCUUAGUCCAACUACAGAGAGUAAUGAUAGAAAUCACAUGGCUGGAAAUGCGUCUAAUGCUUUGUCUGAGGAGUCAGGGAAGCACAGGGAGGAAAUUCCUACUAUUUCUAGUUAUGUGGAUAAACAUUUGCGUGCUGCCUGCCCCUACUCUAUCCGCAGAGAUUGGAGUUUGCCUUUUUGCCAUCCGUUUGCUUAUGAGGCCUACAGCACCACAUUGUGAGACACCGGUAGAACCAUCCAACACAUUCUCAUGGCAAUAGAGUGGUGCAGGGAUGAUGUCAAAACCCCCAAAAAAUAAUUCACCGCUGGUCUGUGGUUUUGGCAAAUUGCUGGCUAUUUUGUAAGAAUUUGUACAAUCUCAUUCAUCCAUUCAUCCAUUUCUGUUUACACCCCAUUGAUGGUUAGGAUUAGGGGUGGACCUUCAAGCUUACUUUUUUCCUAAAAAUCAUACGAAUCACAUUGUACAAAUUCAUACGAUAUCGCCACCUCAUUAAAUAAUUCAGUUUUCUCAUGAGAUCGGGUUUAAAAGUCCAUACAGCCAUUUUCUAUGUCUUUCCUCUUUGCAAGUUCCCUAGUUCUCAGACACAGAUCUACAUUUGUAACAAAAAAAAAUCUAAUCUUGCACUGCAGUUUAAGUCAAUUAGACUGAUUAAAAAUUAUUAACAUGAAGAUGUAUGGUGUGAUGUUUAAACUUGGAAGAUGAGCCAUAAACUUUUUGUAAUUGAUCAAUAAGAAGGAAAGAAAACUCCAGAUAUUUAUGACAUAAAGUAGCUACUUUUUAAAUGAAGUCUUUAAAAACUUAAAUAAAUAAAAAAUCACCAACAAUAAUCAUAAUAAUAAUUUAAAAUGAAUAAUUAUAAAUAAUUUAUUGAUAUUAUUGUUGUUGCUAUUAUUGUUAAUAUAUUGUGUGUAUAGUCAGACUACUUUUUAAAUACUUUUAUGGUGUUUUUUGGUUGUUUUUUGUUAUUUUGGCAACUUUUUUUCAAGAACUGCAUAGUGAUUCUUCAAAAAACCUUUACUUUCGUGCUUAAUGUACAAAAUAAAAGCAUUAAAAUAACAGCAUGCAGGUUAAAUAAUGACAGAAUUUUCAUUAUCAUCCUUUAAUGUUAUUAGAACUAUUCCUUUAAUGCUAUUGUCUCACUUUAGAAUUGCUUUUGCAUUUGUGUUCAUUUGUUUCUAAUUAAAAAAAAAAAGUGCUUUAGCUUUUCAGGGUCCAUAGCUAAUGACUGAUCAAACUGAAAGUAGCACACACAUAAGCACAUACACCCAGAGCAGUCAACCCAGAUAUCCAGCCUAAUCUGUCAUUUUUUUCAGAGUUAUAUUUCUGGAUUAGAGAGCAGAGAUUAGCCUGAGGGGAGAGGAUUGCACCACUGCCUUUGCGCAUCAGUGGUCCUGCUUCCUGCAUGUACCCAUGAACUACCUAGCACUCUCACCUCUCCCAUGCUUUUUACAUAACAGACAUACGAUCUAAUAUUCUCUGCUUGUCCAUGUAGUAACAGAACUGUGUGUUUUCAUGUAGCAUGGACUGAAUGUGGCGGACAAAGUAUAGGUUUGGUAAUUGUUUACAAUGAGAGGGCUGAUCAUAAAGUUUCCAUCUUAGCAGUGUUAUAUACUCUUGACUGCUGAAUAACUGUUGGGCCAGACAAAGUGAAGUUCUCUUCUAGAAUGAAGGCUGUGAUCAAUAACACAAUGGCCUGCAGAUGCAAUACCAAAUAUUGUCUUUAAUCACAUUUUCUGCUAAUGAUUUUGUUGUUGUGAUUUUGUAUAAUUGUCUCCAAAAUGCAACAUGCUCCAUUUUGUUUCUUUGCUUCUGAACCCUGCAAGCUUUGUUGCUGUUGAAAUGUCUGCACAAUUAAAUUUCAACAAAACAA